GCUGAAUAAUAAAAAUACUGGCAGUGUUGUCCGACUGUUGCUGUCAAAUGAAACUAUAUAAGACGACUCCAAAGCAUGAUCACAUUCUUGCUUCAGAAGAAACUGUUAUCGGCAUUUAGUCUGGCACAGCUUACCCAGGGGGCGGGUAUCCCUUUUCUUUUUGAUGCUCCUUCCUUCUUGACAGAGGAUCCCAUCUCCCUUUCAUGAUGUAUGAAAAAUGUAGGACUGAUGCAGAACGCGUUUUGGGCAAUUACAGUAAAUUCCAAAUUUUGUCAAGAUGAAAAAUCCUGGAUUCCGCUCAAGGAGCACUUUGUUGUCCAGAAGGGGCUCCAUGAGGACCCUACCAUUGUAUAGAGAGAGAGAGAGAGAGAGAGAGAGAGAGAGAGAGAGAUGGACAUGACAUUGAUCAUGUAAGAAUAGAAGACCUUAAGCAAGAAAUUGGCUGACAGAGAAGAAAUUUAAGACUUAAUGCAUUUAUUGGAAGUGACACGCGGUUUGCCUUCUGUCAAAAAAUUCCAUAAUUUUGGCUUUUGAAUUUAUAUUUUUGCUGUUUAUAGAAUUUUUUUGUCCAUGUCAAAAAGGUCCAUCAUUUUAGGCUUUUGAAUUUAUAUUUUUGCUGUUUAUAGAAUCUUUUGUUUUAGUAAUAACCUUAAUUGGGGAUAUAUGUUUCCAGUGCAACUUAUUGUGCCACAUUUGUUCAAAUUGUUUUUUCUAUUCAAAUUACAACUUGUCUUGCUAUAAAUUAAGCUGUAAGUCUUGCUACAAGACAUUAUCAAUAAUAUUUUCAUAGUACUUGACUAUAUUCUGAUAUUGCUGUUGGUUGUGUACAACCAUUGUGUUUCACCGCGUCACACCAUCGAUACAAUAAACAUGGAUUUGAAUUCAAUCAAACACAUAAAAAAAUUCUACAUUUGCAAAAAACCUCUUAUGAUUUGGUCAUUGCUCAUUACAGUGUUUUCAACUUUACAUCACCAAUUAAUGCCUGAUCGCUGAUACAUGGUUUCAUAAUAAUUCUGGUAAAACAAAUAUAUCCAAGAACCAAAAUAAUACAAUUUAAGAAUGUGGCAGUGAAAAUAUUAUGAAAAAUUCAAUAAUAUAUAAACAAAUGGAUACAUGUUAGAUGCAUGGGAAUUGUUGCAUAUUACUCCAAAAAGAUUGUAGUACUUGGGAAAAAAAAUAGGAAAAUGAAAAUUUUUUGGGUUACACAAAAUGAUCAAUUUGGUUUUGGUUCAUCCAAAAAAAGGGGGUGAAAGAAAGAUGGCAACAUCCGCUUAAGCAGUGUGGCACUAGUUUGAAUCACAAUAAUCAGUCUCUACACAUAAAACAAAUAAAUCAAGUUGGGGAUAAAGUUGCUUAUUUGUUAUCUGUCUCAUGUCGUUGUGCGCCGGAUACAACCAAUUUUUUUUGGCACUUAAUCUAAUGUCUUUUGCACAAUUCAAGAACAAUUGCACACAUUUCAUAUAGCUUGACUUUCCAAAUUCAGCUCAACCAAUGGGGCAUUCUAUGAAAGAAAAUCUUUUGGCCUUUUGUGUUUUUGUCUUACCCUAUGUCCCCUGAAAGAAAAGCUAGAGAGAGAGAGAGAGUACUUAAAAUCCUAUAACAAGUGUAGGAACCACAUAUAUAGAUCUCUAUGUCUCUCUCACUCUGCCUUUAAUUCAUACCAUAACAAGAAAUGGAAGAUCAAUGUAAUCCUCUGAGCUGGGCUUGCCACUACCAAGAAGAGGGAAUUGAAGAGUUAAAGCAUUGUCUAUUGUACACAACUUUGGAGCUAGAGACAACAAUCCUAUCUACUCAACAAGAAAUUGCAAGAAAAGAAGAUGAACUAAACUACGUCAAAGAGCUGUUGACCAAAGCCAUGAAAGAGAGAGAUGAAGCUAAAGCAAAAUACCAAAGUCUGAGGCUGCAACUUCAACAACAACUAGAGGCUGCUGCAAACCUAUCUGGGACUACCCGCGAUGCAGAAGAUAAACUAAGAGGGGGUUCUGAGCCCAACAAUGUUGGAUCUUUGUCCUCAAACUUGAAUCCACAACUACCCUUACCAAUGCCACUAGCAGAAUUGACAGAAAAAUUGGCAUCCAAAAAGCCAGUGCCAGAGAAAGGGAAGUUUUUGGAGGUGGUCAUGGAAGCCGGGCCACUACUUCAAACACUCCUGCUGGCUGGACCGCUGCCACGGUGGCAGCAUCCACCUCCACCACUUAACUCCAUUGAGAUUCCACCAGUGACUGCCCCUUUGCCAACGCCAAGGCUUCUGCACCACCAGGACUCCACCAUCAGUACUACUAAUAGUUGUUUCAGUAAGGAGAAGGGUCUGGUGCACCAUGAAUGAAAAUUGUCUUGUGACCUAAAAAAAUCAUGUAAGAGCAAUCUCCAAUUCUUCACCUUUUCUUUCAUCAAAUCUAAAUUUGAUGAAAAAGUGCUUAAAAAUCAUCUCCAAUUUUAAAAGAUGAAACUUUGGAGAUGAUAUUUUUUUUCAUCAAAUCUGAUGAAAAGGAAAAUUCGGGAUAAGAGGAGAAUUUUUAAAAAUAUUUUGAUGAAAAUUUGAGGAAAGGAUUUGAAUAGUUCAUAUCAAACCAAUCUUUUUACUCAAAUUUGGCAUCAAAUUAGAUGAAAAAAUUGGUAAAGGGUUGGAGAUGCUCUAAGAAAUCUAUUUGUGUAAUAUUUUCCUUUCUUUUUUAUAAUGGGUGUCUGAAACUUUGCCUAAUAUGUGAAGCUAGCAGACGGUUAUGUGUAUUCUGAGUUUGCACUCUUGCUUAAAUAUGUUUUCAGCUUAAAAAAUAAAUAAAUAAAGAAAAAAGAAAAGAAAAGGCUCAAAUCAAA